GCGAGCGUAGUGUGCACAAUCUCCACGUUAAACCGUUAUAACGACAAUAUUUCAUUAACACUUUAAACAAUACCGUGGAAUUUUUAAUGGGUAUUUAUACAUAUGUUUUGAGAAAUUAAAUGUGAACGAGGUGAUUGUGAUUAUUGAGGGAUUUAAUGGAUGAGUUUGAAUAUCCGAGUGGUAAUGAUAACAGUGAAAAGUUAAAGUAUCUUUGAGCAACGUGGACGGGUGUUGUAAAUAAAUAGAUGAGAGUCGAUAGGGUUUUGUUGAGUAGAUUAUUUUUUAUUUAAUAUUGAAAAGAACUUGGUGACUCAAAUUCAGUCUGAUUUUUGGAUAAAUCCCAUCACGUGGGAGCCGACGUGGCUUGAUGAGUACGUGGACGAUCGUCGGUGGGUACCACGCGGUCGAGCAAAUUGUCCUUGCCGGGGCUGUUGGCACCUAGCAGCUGGUUAAAUCACUUGGCUACAGUGCUGGUAUAACAAUAACCGUUGUGAUAAUAAUCAUUUGAAUUUUUUUUUUCACUGGACAAUGAGGAUCCAAUGGAGACGGUAGUGAGGGAAAUUGAAUAACGCGUUUGUACUCAUUUUUCGUGGUCGCUUUUAUUUUUGUUUCACUCGGGAUUUUUUGGAUUAUUUAUUUUAUUUGGGUUCGGUGAUUAUUGCUAGCGACUGAUCGAGUGGGGAUAUCUUGAUAUGACGUGUGAGAUGAGAAACUGCCGCGAGGCAUCAUCCCUCGGCGACGUCACCAGCUAGCCCUUUGUUUGCUCAUUAGUUGCCAAUUAAUUAGUCGUUGUUGAUGAACAAAUUUUAUUAGUUUGGGAGAGUGAUUUUUGUGAACUUGUGCGUGUAUUGAUUGGAUGGGAAUUGGGAUAUCGAUGAGCUGAGUGGGUGGGGUUUAUCAAUUGAUUUGUUGUAUUAAACUUGGAAGAUUGUGAGUGAAUAAUUGUAGUGAUUGAUUCGGCAUUUGAACCGGCGAUCCGCAAGUACGCGGAAUCAAAGGCAGGCAGCGUGGAGCGUUCACCGAUAGUGUGGCCGCGUGCCGCGGACCUUUGCUUCUAUCAGCCAGGCUGUGCAUUUUUGACCUACUACAGUCGUGACAGUGCAAUCAGCGCCCAGAACGCUCUGCAUGAGAAGCGGACUUUGCCAGGGGGUGUGACGUGCGACCGGCUGGCCGGGGGCGCCGCACACCUCCUCCAUCUCUUCUUCUUCUUGCCACGACCACAACACACAAUGUAACAACAACUCAACCACUAAGCUCGUCCGCGUGAACCACGUUCUCAAUGUACUUAAUGUGAUGAACCGUCCUAUUCAAGUCAAGCCGGCGGACAGUGAAAGCCGCGGAGAGUGCAUGAUGGACGACGGGAACGCCAGUGCCAUCUUCUGGAAGUAGGAGGCACCGGUGGCGGCUGCUGAAGUGAAAAAUUUUCCAUCUCGAUUGAGAGCCGGAUCUUGAAGCCCGAACUCCGCGACGAAUCCAGAGCCAUUUGUAUCAACCAAGUGAGGCCAAUACUUUCUCAUCCACGUUCGGUGCCAUAAAAAAAUGGUUCAUCUUAUUCCAACAGAAAGCUGUUCGUGGGAAUGCUCAGCAAACAACAGACCGAAGACGAUGUACGACAGUUGUUCACUGCCUUUGGUACAAUAGAAGAGUGCACUAUACUACGUGGACCCGACGGUACGAGCAAAGGCUGUGCAUUUGUGAAAUUCCCGUCACAUCAGGAAGCACUGGCGGCAAUCAACUCACUACACGGCAGUCAAACUAUGCCGGGUGCCUCAUCCAGUCUAGUGGUAAAAUUAGCAGACACUGAGAAAGAGAGACAACUCCGGCGAAUGCAGCAAAUGGCCGGAAACAUGAAUACCCUCCUCAAUCCCUUUGUAUUUAAUCAGUUUGGACCUUAUGGUGCUUAUGCUCAGCAGCAAGCAGCACUCAUGGCUGCAGCGACUGCUCAAGGUACCUACAUUAAUCCAAUGGCAGCACUAACCGGACAAUUGCCCCAUGCGGCAUUAAACGGCAUGCCAAAUCCCGUUGUGCCACCGAGUUCCGGUACUGGCACAGGGCAACCAGUCAAUGGUACAAUACCAUCGUUACCAUCGCCAACAAUGCCAAACUUCAAUAUGGCGGCACAAACACCAAAUGGACAGCCGGCCGGCUCAGAUCCUGGUGUUUAUACGAACGGAAUACCGCAGACCUAUCCGGGACAUGCCCUCCAUCUGUCCAUUCCAGCUCAAGGUCUGCCCAACGGGGAGGCCGCCCUUCAGCACGCGUACUCCGCUGGAAUUCCGGCGUAUCCCGGUGUCGCUUAUGGCGCCGUCUACGGCCAGUUUCCCCAGGCCAUACCUCAGCCGAUGACAGCGGUUGCACCCACCCAAAGAGAAGGAUGCUCUAUCUCAGGACCUGAGGGCUGUAACCUGUUCAUCUACCACCUGCCCCAGGAGUUUGGGGAUACUGAGCUGAUGCAGAUGUUUAUGCCAUUUGGCAGUGUCAUCUCAUCAAAAGUUUUCAUCGAUCGAGCGACUAAUCAAAGUAAAUGCUUCGGUUUCGUGUCAUUUGAUAAUCAAGCGAGUGCACAGACGGCAAUUCAGUCGAUGAACGGCUUCCAGAUAGGGAUGAAGCGACUAAAGGUACAAUUGAAGAGGCCCAAGGACACCAAGCCGUACUAACCCACGACCUAGCCUAGAUAUCCUGGCCGGGUCACGCCCUACGUCACUGGUUGUAGAACCAUGCAUGAUAACGCGUGCCCGUUGGACGCUCGACGAUCAAGUGUGAAGAGUACGAAUCAUCGCAGCAAUACUCUUCACCGUAACAAUCUAGUAUACUAGUUAGUUAAUUCUCUAGAGAUUAAAUUUAGCGAGUAUCAAACCGACCGAGAGAGGUUAUCUCUCAUUAUCGACGCCUCCAGCGGAGGGCUUGCCGGCAAUGGGAGAAAAUUGGAAGAAGAACUUGAUAACCAUAACCAGAUAAACUGAAGAAUGUCUGAACUAUCCACACAUAAUAUUGCCACAUUUCUGGAUGAAUUCGAGGAGAAUCCCGGAAAUCAUUCGUCUUAUCUUUGAGGACAAUCGAGAGGGGUAAGUGGAGAGAAAAUAAUCCGUCGAAUUUUCUGACGGUUUCUCUCCAUGGGCAUCGCACAAACAAGUUAAACCGAUAAUGGACCGAUGGAAAAAGACGAAUUCCACAGAAUAACAAAUCAACAACAGGAUAUUGAACAAAACAAUACAGAACUAUCCUCACGAUACGCAUAUAAAUAUAAAUAUACAUAAAUAUAUUAUAUAUAAUAAUAUAUAAUUAUACAUCAAGUUUAAAAUAUCGAGGUAGUAGGUUUUAUAUACCACGAUAGGAAAAAUUUUAAAAACCACAAACUGGUAGUUUUAGCCAACGGCGUCGCGUCCUCAAGCUCGUUUUGAGAAGGAAGUGUAUCCUCUCAAGUGCGCUCUUUCUUCGGUAUUUAAUAAUGAAAACAAUGUCUCUCAGAUUCCAUUGACAGAAGAUUUUUAUGUC